AAAAGUUAAAGGUAAUUUAUUUUUUUAAGCAUUAGAAACGGACAUUCAGAAAAUACUGUGACAGUAUCCACCUCUCUGUAAGCAGCACGCGACCUCUAAACUGAGGUUAAGGCGCUGUCCAUUCAGCACCACCAGGAGUCUCAUAUGACCCAAUGGGAAACACAGUGACAUUAAAAUGUAUUAAAGUUAGCAUAGACGUGAACAAUGACUCAAUACAUUUACAAACACGACGUAGUUAUUAAAAGCAUAUUUCAAAGUCUGUAGUUUGAAAUAAUUAUUCGUGCAGGUGAGAAGCAUUCAGUGAGAGCUCUUCAGGAACAGGCGGACAUACGUAGAGAAGACGGAGACUUCGAGUCAGUGACGCUGAGCUGCACAACAACAAGCCUCUCCUUCAGCCUGCUGAACGCACGAGACUCUCCGGAAUCUGUAUCGAGCUGCAGCCCUGCGUCUACAUGCACGAGGAUCCGUCAUGAACUGUGGAAGACUCUGAGACGAGACAGAGAUGCUGAUGUCUGGGAUGCUCCGCCGCCUCCUCCUGGUUGGGACUUGUCUCUGUAUCUAUGGAAACCCUGUCUAUCUCCCAGACUCCACCCCCAACCAGGGCAAAGUAACAAGUAUUGGGUCAACACAAACCCCAGAUGAGUCAACAGGUACAGAACUUAUGACUGGGCUGAUGUUGGAUGCAGCAGGGGGGGCUGGCCUACAUGAGGCACCUGUGGGACCAUCUCCAGUGACGCUGACAAAAAAUGUGGAUGACCUCAAUGGAAGAUCUGGGCCGAGGCAGGCUGACGGAGAAGCACAGAGCGAGGGAAAGAAGGUUGGGUACACAUCUGAGAUGGGAGACGCUUUGAGACAAUCAGAAGGAGUGCUGCCUGUAGAGGAGAAUCCUGCCAGCACCAGUGAUCCUAUGCUGGGUCCUACAGGUGGGGGUAGGCAGUUGGAUGUAGAGCAGUCCUCCCAAGCCAUAGGGGACAAAGACCAAGCUGGAGAGGAUGUAACAAAUCUACCUGCAUAUGUCUAUUCUGUCCAGGAUAAAAACCCAGAAACAGGCUUUCUAUCCAUUACAGAACCUCCUAAUCCUGGAGCAACCAUCCAGAAACUACCCUCCCACAGUCCCAUCUUUGGCUCCCCUCUGAGCUUGACAUCUUUGUCAAUUUGGAGCCAAGAUGGAGCUACUACUUCCUCCCUCCCGGACCCCCUGUUACCUGAAAUUGGACCAAACCUGAUGCCAAAAGAGGAUGGACCAGAAAGUCUGUGGACUGAGGCUGCAAGGCCUGGUGGAGUGGACACGGAGGUCCCGCUGUCUCAGGAUGAAGCAACAGAGGGCACCAUGUCAUCAGAGGCCCUCCCUCUCAUCUUUGAGCCUUUUGAAGAUGUUGCAUCAGAGGGGGCACCAGCAGAGGCGGGCGUCACAUCAAUGCCUGGCAGUGCUCAACCUCCUGCUGCCAUGGCGACUGCAGGAAUGGACGUGGACCCGCAGCUGGUCACUGUGGAGACAGACAGCGACGGUCCCUCCCAGGCUCCUCCCCCGCUGAUGCCAGACUGGACGUCACCAUGGCAGACGUCUGGUGCUGAGCUGCUGGAGCCAAUCGGCUCCCCGGGACCGUCUGUUUCACAGCAAAGAGCAGGAAGUGACCCAGAGGAUCUCACAGGGAGAGGUGCUGCAAGGACACAAAACCUCCAGGAUAACUUGCCCACCACCAGCCUCCCCCUCUCAUCCUUCCAGCAAGCUAUGACAACGGUAACCAUAGCAACCCAUCAGCCGGCGCACAAAUCCAGAUCGGGGUUAGAGGAGAUGGAGUCAGACGAGGAGCAAGAUGAAGAUGAGGAUGAUGAGAACUCAGAGGAGUCAGUGGAGGACGACAGCGAAGAGGACCUGACAGAAACACCAAAAACGUCCUCCACGCCACCUCCGUACAGCCUCAUUCCUCCACCCCCUGUGUGGGUUCAACGUAACCAGGGACUGAUGCGGAGCUGGGUAGAGCUGAUCAGAGAGAAGGCGGGUUAUGUGUCAGGGAUGUUGGCACCUGUGGGCAUCGGCAUCACAGGGGCCCUGUUAAUCGUCGGGGCCCUCUACAGCAUCAGGUUGAUUCACCGCAAAAGGAGAAAUAGCUUCAAACACCAGAGGAGGAAGGUCAGGCAGCAAGAGCAACCCCGCGAGCCUGGGACCAGCCGUCAGGAUCAGGCCAUGCUUCUGGCCGACAGCUCUGAGGACGAGUUCUGACGAGACCCUUUUGGGUGCCUCUUGUUGGCGACCAAAGGCUGAUGCUCCUGUAAAGGUGGCCCUGUCAAACAUCCCCAUUGCUAUGACUACUGCAACUCCAAUCACCCAGGGCUGUUUGGCCAUGACUCAUCCGAUCCUCACAGUGUGACUGAGUAUUAAACACAGUUUGCACAUGCUCCACAAAGGUCAGCUUUGUAUCCCCAAUUUUACAAUAACCAAUGUGAGCACUUUUCUGAAUGUUUUCAGGUUAUAUUGACACUAAUGGUUUGGCAGGGCUGAUUUGAUGCACUUUGAUAUUAGAAAAAAACAUUGCUGCUGUUAAAAACAAAAUAUAUUUGCAGGGUAUUGGCAGGUAAUUCAAGUGUUUGUCCUUGUGGAGUUAAAGGGAAAGUGUGGACCAGUAAAGUAAUAAAAAGGGCUGUAGGGGAGUUAAAUCACACAAUGUAAAUAAAUGUACUUUUAAUGUAGCUGACUCUGAGUCAGUCAUGAGAGUUCUUAAUACACAUCUAGUAUAUUUGAACAGAAUUGCUUUGCAUUUUGGAAAUAUUCUCAUUGACUUCAAUGCAGUUAGAUAGUAAGACCCAUUGGUUAAAGCCAUAGACUGUAUAAAAUACGGACGUAGUAUCCGUGACGUCACACAUCUGUUUCUGAAGCGCUGUGUUGAGGCCAAUCGGUAGCCAGCCUCAAGCAGAUUCUCGAUGUAUUGCAGUUUAUAACACUUCCGCAUGGGCUUCAUCGUUUGAGACCGGAGGUUGCCGCGUUAAAAAAAAAUUCACCCCCCUACAGUAUGUGCCGAUCGAGUAAUGAGCUAUCCAGACUACACUCGUCUUUUGUACCAGGCUGUAAACAUGUUUAUUUCUGCUGUAAAGAUCGUCUUUUUUGAAUUGGUGUGUAUGUGGUUUCCGGUACUUCCGGAGCCAGUCUCAUCAUUGAUGAAUUGCAGUUUUUAGCACUUCCGGAUUGGACUCAUAUUUUCAGACCGGAGGUUGCUGCUUGGUUAAAGCUAGCAGCUAAUUGAGAGUAAGAUAAGAUCCCUUUGCUAGAGACAACAUUUAUCUGGUGCAAUGGUAAUACAAUUUAAUGUGUUGUGUUGUGGCCUGAGUUGGCAAUUACUGUAGCUGAGAGUAACAUUACUUAAAAUGUAAGAUAGUUAGAAGAAACUAUUUCAGUCAAGAGUUACACGAGGAGACAUGUGAGCUAACUGUCAAACUAAGCAGUUUAUCUUGGAUGGGAAACGGCUUAACUUGCUCUGUAAAGAUUACUAAAACCUGCAUUCCAACAGCUCUAAAUAAACAUGAAGAUUAAACAAUACCAUUAGUUUAAAAAUAUAAAUAUAUUUACAAAGCUAUGUGUUCCACUCAUACUUAAAGAGAACAUAUGUUUCUGCUGGUUAUCUCAUAAAUAAAUGUGUUUAUAAGUGAGCUUUAGAGGAGAUGGUUGACAGAUUGUGAUACAUUUUAGAUGAAUGGGCAAACUCUUUCCUAUUUCCCUGUGUUAGCAUCAAGCUAACUUUGUCUAGGCUGUUAGCUUAAAUUUUAAAAAGAGUGGUAACGCUUCAAACUUAACUCUCAGAAGUCCAAUAAGAGUGUUUCCCACAAUGCUGAGCUAUUCCUUGGAGCAAGAGUUCAACAGAUUCAUUCUCUUCACAUAAAACAUGUUUGAAUUAACGCUUUGUUUAAAUGUGAGUUUUGUGGAAAUGUAAAUGUUUUAUUCAAAGGCAUUUGCUAAUUACAGCUACCGUGAUACACACAUACAAAAAUACAUAAUCCUAGUCUUACAUGUAGCAUAGAACAGAUUCUGUUGUAAAGUAUAAAUCUGAUUUAGGAUUACUUUAAUGCCACUUGGAAACUUUUUGUUAUUAAAUGCAUGACUACAUCUACGUCUACUUAUAUGUGGAUCUGCUGCAGAGAUGACUCUCUUAUAAAUGAACUGUUUGUUGGCUGGAGAAGCCUAAUCAUGAAAGACACCGGGGCAGGAGUUAUUUUCAAAAGACACUUUUUUUUUUUAACCAGCUAUUUUUGCAGGAUAGGGGUUUUUGUGUGUUAAUCUGGUCCAGACAGGGACAGAUAAAGGACGCGUUUUGGUAGAAAUGUUUGGCCAAAGAUUGUCACAGAUUGCGGAGUAACAAUAUGUCAUAAAUAGAUAAGAUUCCUUAAGUUCUAAGAGAAAAAACUCAUUUGAGCCAUGUUUUUAACACCUUAGAAGAUAAGACAAGUUCUUGUGUUUUGUUUAAAGAAAAUAUCUUUUCUAUAAUUACAUGAGCCAUCUGAUAUGCUUAAUGUACAACUGCCUGUUUAUAUGCAAUAAUGUUUUAGAGUAAGUGUGAUGUAAAAUAGUGGACACUUUUGUCUCAAUGUAGAUAUACAACUGUGAGAAAUUAAACUAAUUCUUUCA